CAGUAAAUACAACACAUUCAUUUCCGAGUUGAACACUGCGAUACUUAAAAAAGGAGACAAGUAAUCCGUUUUAUUCUCCCCUGCUUUUGAUAUCAAAGUUCUUUUUUCUUUUUUUUUAAGAAACUAUGGCUUCGUCUGAUGUUGCUCAACAGCUGGAUAACAGUGCGCGUCCUCUCUCUCUUUCGGGUCAUGUUGGGUUUGACAGCCUUCCAGACCAGCUGGUCAACAAAUCCACCUGCCAAGGCUUUUGUUUCAACAUUCUCUGUAUUGGCGAGACUGGUAUUGGUAAAUCAACCCUGAUGGACACGCUGUUCAACACAAACUUUGAGAACUGUGAGUCGUCCCACUUCGAACCACAGGUUAAGCUGCGAGCCCAGACAUACGACCUACAGGAGAGUAACGUCAGACUUAGACUCACCGUAGUCAACACUGUCGGCUUCGGAGACCAGAUGAACAAACAUGACAGCUUCCAGCCGGUGGUGGACUACAUAGACCGCCAGUAUGAGACCUAUCUCCAGGAGGAACUGAAGAUCAAGAGAAGUCUCCAUAACUACCACGACUCCCGUCUCCACGCCUGUCUCUACUUCAUAUCCCCUUCUGGACACUCCCUGAAGUCGCUGGACCUAGUCACCAUGAAGAAACUAGACAGCAAGGUGAACAUCAUCCCAGUGAUAGCCAAGGCAGACACCAUCUCUAAGAGUGAGCUGCACAAGUUUAAGAUCAAGAUUAUGAGUGAACUAGUCAGUAACGGAGUUCAGAUCUACCAGUUUCCUCUGGACGAUGAGACUGUAGCCAAGGUCAACACCACCAUGAACGGCCAUCUACCAUUUGCUGUUGUGGGCAGUACGGAGGAGGUGUUGGUGGGGAACAAAAUGGUGAAGGCUCGCCAGUACCCUUGGGGCGUAGUGCAAGUGGAGAAUGAGAGUCAUUGUGAUUUCGUGAAACUGCGUGAGAUGCUGAUCUGCGUCAACAUGGAGGAUCUGAGGGAGCAGACACACACACGUCACUAUGAACUGUACCGCCGCUGCAAGCUAGAGGAGAUGGGCUUCAGAGACACAGACCCUGAGAGCAAACCUGUCAGCCUGCAGGAGACAUACGAGGCGAAGCGUACUGAGUUUCUGCAGGAACUUCAGCGGCGAGAGGAGGAGAUGAGACAGCUGUUUGUCCAGAGAGUCAAAGAGAAGGAGUCUGAACUCAAAGACGCUGAGAGAGAGCUACAGGGAAGGUUUGAGCAGCUGAAGAGAUUACAUGCGGAGGAGAGGAAUGUGUUGGAAGACAAGAGAAGAGUGCUAGAGGAGGACCAGAGUUCCUUCAAUAAGAGACGCGCCGCAGCCCAGCUUCUGCAGGCGCAGAGCCUUAAUGUUAACGGGAAGAAGGACAAAGAUAGAAAGAACUCAGGGUUCAUGUGAAGAUCAAUAAAACAACUAAUGGCAUCUAGUUCUCCUCUGCCCCCAUUGGCCCUUUUCUAACUCGAACCAGGAAGGAAUUUCACAGAGCAGGACCAGAGCCCGCUGACUUCAAAUGGCUUAGUCUCUAAAGAAACAAACUGCUUCAGUGCUAUCAGCCAGGUCUGGGGUCAGUUUAAUGACCAUUGACUUUGAAUAGAAUUUCACAGAUCUUCAACUAAUGGAUUUGGAAUUGAGUUCAGUGAGAAUUGAAUAGGUGGAAUUAAACCGAAACCUGCUGUCAACUGCCCAGAAGACUCUAAAUAUUCAGGCUAAAGUUGAGGCUCAUCUUUGUUCCUGCUCUGUUAAUUGAAGUCCUGAUGGUUCUGCUUUAUGAUGUCCAGUGCCAAAAGUGUAAAUGUUUGAAUUUCUCUUAUUUUAUACCUCCUUUCAGGGACAUUCAGCUUUAUAUAUCUCCCUAUAUUAUCACUAUUUUAUACUACAUAUCCAUUUAUGUUACCCCUGCUAUUGAAGGAUGUUGUUUUACAAAUGAUUUAUUUUCUUAUUACCCACCUUUACUCUACUGAUAGUUUCACCCCCCACUAACAGUAACACAGGCUUUUAAUUUAGUUUGGAUCUGAACAUGUCUUUUCAUUUCGAUGUCAUGUGCCUUUUAACACUCCUAUAGAGAGAAAACGAGAGAAAGUAGGUGCCUUUAUGUUACUGAAUCAUUUCUGACAUUUCAGUUUACAUUGGCGUGUACUGACUGACUGAACUGAGGAAAUACCCUUGUACUAUCCACACCUGUUUUAUAGGCACCAUCAGGAAGCCUACAUAAAACCUUUUAAGCGGCAAAUCAGCUCUCUUGAGUGUAGUGUACAGUGUAACGGGAACUGUCUCACCAAAAAGACAUUACGAGACCUAUUUUCUCACAGUUUUUACUCCAGCAAUCUGGUUACCUUUAUUUUGUUGAUGUUAUGAAGAUGUAGUUUAUGCAAUACACUUCUCUUCACGCUGCUCUACCAACGUAACCGAAGUUGACACUACAAAAUGAUCAGCUUGAGUAUUAUUCCAUACAUUUUGGAAAUGUAUUGUAGUGUGAAAAGGCUUUUAAAUGAAUACCAAAACUGAAACACUAGAAAAGUGCACGUGUGGUUUACAUGUGAUAUUUAUAUGGGCCACUACAGGCCAGUGACUACCAGUUUACUGUGUUUUUAUUGAAGUGAUGCUGGUUCAUGUUUACAUGACUAGUAAGUACCUCGGACCCCUCCCCUUUCACUCAUUCAGCUUGUUUAAACAGAAUUAUUAGGUAACGAUUUUAAUAUCUCAAUAAACAUUUGUAUUUUUAUGACAU